CAUGCCAGGCGACUCAAGAGAGCACGUUGAACACCACCUGCCAUUAAAAAACAAGGCAAGGCCAAUACAAUAGAGGAGAAGGAACGUCUCCCUAUAAAAGCAAAUGGCACUGGAAGAGGAAGUGAAGCGGUUGCUGAAAGCCGGUUUCAUUCGGGAAGUUAGGUACCCAAGCUAGCUGGCCAAUCCGGUCUUUGUCCAUAAAGCGUAAGGACUAUGGAGAAUGUGCAUCGAUUUCACAAAUCUUAAUGCAACCUGCCCCAAGGGCGCAUAUCCUCUACCAAGAAUUUAUCUUAUCGAUACAACCACCAAUCAUGAAACUUUAAGCUUGCUCGACAUAUUCUAUGGAUACCAUCAAAUCAGAUUGUCCGAGGAAGACCAAGAGAAGACUACAUUCAUGACACACAUGGGGAAUUUCUGCUAUACGGUCAUGCUGUUUGGCUUAAAGAAUGCUGGAGCAACAUAUCACCGAAUGAUAGAUGCGGUUUUCAAAAAUCAGUUGGGAAGAAACAUGGAGGCGUAUGUAGAUGAUGUCCUUGUCAAUAGCAAGAAAGAGGUUGAUCACUUAAAGGACCCGAGGGAAAUGUUCGACAACCUAAAGAGGGAACGCCUCAGACUAAACCUGCUUAAAUAUGUGUUCGGUGCAAAAGCAGUGAAGUUUUAGGGUUUCAUGAUAACCAGCAAAGGAAUCGAAGAAAAACCAAAUAAGAUAGAGGCUAUACUCAGCUUAAAACCGCCAAAGACUGUGAAAGAAAUCCAGAAGUUCAACAAAAAAUGGCCGCUUUAAGACAUUUUAUCCUCAGAGCGGUAGACAAAUGCUCACCAUUUUUUCAGAUGUUAAAGAAUUCAGCAUCAUGUCUCUAGUGGAGCACCUAAUGCGACCGAGCUUUCUUCCAGCUGAAAGAGCAGUUGGCCUCACCACCAGUCUUGAGAGCCCCACUCCAUGGAGAGCCGUUAUAUCUGUAUUUGGAGGUCUUUGACCAAAUAGUAAGCUCCGUCUUGGUACGAAGAACGGAAGAUAGCUCAGACCAUCCCCCUCUAUUACCUGAGCAAGGCACUUCUCCUAGAAGAAUAGCAUUACAUGUCGAUUGAAACGGCAGUUCUAGCAUUGUCUGAAUGGCAAGAAAGUUGAGACCGUAUUUUCAAGAGCACCAAGUCACUCAUGCUCUCAAACUUGCCUUUAAAGAAAAUUUUCAGAGGAAUGGACGUGUUGGGAAGAAUGACGAAGUGGGCGGUCGAGUUGAGCGAGCAUGACGUGGCAUACGCACCGCGCCCCUCUAUCAAGGGGCAAGGGCUGAAAGAUUUUGUAGUAGAAGGUUUUAUCUUGGAGACCGCAAAGACAGAAGGAAAUAAGGAAGCUGGAAUUGUCAUUGAGAUGCCCAAAGGAGUCACACAUGAGAUCUCACAGAUUUAAAGAGUUAAAAACCAACAAUGUGGCAGAGUAUGAGACACUCCUUAGCGGUCUCAGAAUCGUAAGAAACAUGGGCGCCUCACACCUCCACGUUCACUUUGACUCAUUGUCGGUAGUCAACCAGGUGCUGGAAAAUUAUGAAGUCAAAGAGGAAGUGCUCGCUAAGUUAUUAGGAAAGGUCCCAUUCUAUCUCAGCUAGAGACAUGGGAGUUGGAGCAUGUCAAGAGAGAAGACAAUCAUCACACAGAUACCUUAUGAAAGUUAGCAACCGCAAUGGAUUUCGAAGGAGACCUUCAAGUGACAGUGACCAAGGAGGCUGUGUCAAGCUACGAUAUAAUGGCAAUAGAGGAGGAAGGCAGUGAUUGGUGGUCGCUUAUUGAUUAUUUGCAGAACAAAACAGUUCUUGACGAUACUAUUCAAGAAAAAAACGUUGAGAAAAAAUGAGGCCCUUUACACACUGGUGGAGGGGCAGCUGUGCAAGAGAUCUUUCCCAGGGAACAUGCGCUUCACACUCUGGACAAAGAAUCUUGGAAAGAACUAUAUUGUUGCAAGGCUACUACUAGCCAAAGGUGAAGAAGGAUACAAUGGAUACGGUUCGAGGGUGCCACGAAUGUCAAGUGCACGCUAGCGAACAUCAUAUGCCCAGUGAGGAACUGAACAUCAUAACAGGACCAUGGCCAUUCGCACAAUGGGUUAUAGAUAUUUUGGGACCAUUACCAACUGCUCCUCUGGGAAAUAAGUACCUAAUGGUUGUUGUAGACUACUUCACGAAGUGGAUAGAAGCUGAACCGCUCGACACAAUUACCAGUGCCAAAAUUCAGAAGUUCUUGUUCAACAACAUCAUGGUCAGGUUUGGUACCCCUAAUACCAUCAUCAUUGAACAUGGUACACAAUUUGACUACAGGCCGUUUGAGUAUUUUUUGUGCAAGAAACUGCAUUAUUUGCAAAAUGGCCUCAAUCGAGUUUCCCCAAGCCAAUGGGCAGGUAGAGUCGUCAAACAAACUGAUCUUACGAGGUUUGAAGAGAAGGCUAAAGAAAUAUAAAGGAGGGUGGACCGCAGAGCUGUCGCAUGUGCUUUGGGCGCAUCACACAAAUUACAAGAGAGCAACUGGAGAAACGUUGUUCGCUCUGACGUACGACUCAGAAGCGGUUGCACAAGUAGAGAUGGCCCUUCCAUCCCUGAGAGUCCAAACCUACAACCCAUAAGAAAAUCAUAGGAAGUUU